GAGAAACGAAUACUCAUUCUUGUUGCAGCCGUCUAAUAGUGAAGCGUCGCGUUCAUAUCGUUCAUCAAAAAUAAAAUAAAAAAAUAACUUCAAAAUCGCACCGAAAACGUUGUAAAAAGUGACAAACAAAACGUCGAGGAUAAAAAUCAAAAAUAUUUAUCAUCAAACGUAAUUACGGUUGGUCAAAUUAACGAAUUAAAAACAAGAAUAAAAGCGGAAAGAAAAAUCGAAGCAAAAUGGUUGACAAAAUUGAAAUGAGCUUGGACGACAUCAUCAAGACCAACAAAAUUGGAUUCCGUCGUAAUGGAGCCAAAAAACAAGUAAACGGUGCUGGCGGUGCUGGUGGAAAUCGUCGUAAAAUUGGUAAUAAACCAGUACAAAAAUUCCGUGGAACGGCCAAUCGUCAAAUUGGUAAACCAAAAGGACGCUCAUUUGGCGGCGCACCAACCCGCAAAUUUACCAGGGGCGAUGUGAACAGCGCAUGGAAACAUGAUAUGUUUGAAGGUGGCAAAAAGAACCUGUUACGCGGCGCAGUUAAUGGUUUGAUAAACAGCGGUUCGGCCAAAUUAUUGGUCUCGAACUUGGACUACGGUGUCUCCGAAACCGAUAUUCAUGAAUUGUUUGCCGAUUUUGGACCAUUGAAGAGCGCAUCAGUUCAUUAUGAUCGAUCCGGACGUUCAUUGGGAACGGCCGAUGUAGUGUUCGAACGACGUGCCGAUGCCGUUAAGGCAAUGAAACAAUACAAUGGUGUGCCGCUUGACGGCCGACCGAUGAACAUUCAAUUGGCUACAUCGGAAGUACCUCAACCAGCUGUUCGUAAUCCACGACCAACAUUCGGUCAAAACAGAAACAACCAAAGUCGACAACAACAACAAAGAAAGCCAGGACCACGACAAGGCGGCGGUGGCGGUGGUGGUGUAAAACGUGGUGGAAAUCGUGCAAACGCAAAACCUGUAUCAGCCGAAGAAUUGGAUGCCGAGCUUGAUGCUUAUGUCAACGAUAUGAAGCUGUAGAUGAAUGUUAAAAGCUGAAACAAAAUAUGCAAACACUGUGUGUUCGACAUCAACGAGCAAAAGAAAUGAAGCAAAACAGCAAUUUAAAUGAAAACAACCACAAAAAAACACACACCACACACACACACACAUAAAAACACACACCACCCAUACACAUGCAACUUUAAAUUUACAUUAGGAAUCCAUGUUAGGCAAUAAGACUUACUAAUUAUUAAAGAAGAAAACUGAAAAAGAUGAUUAUGAAAGAAGUUAUACGAUAAAAGAAGAAAAAAGAGAGAUGAAUUAACAAUAAUGUAAAAAAAAGUGAAGAAAAAAUAUGCCAGUAUCAUCCUCGAGGCCCGAAUAGCAAAUACAUUCUUGUUGAAUGUAUCAGCAACUUAUUUUGCCGGUAGUUCAUCUCAUUUGUGGAUAGACAAACAAAAACCAAUAACUUUAAGAAGAAAAUAGUGUAAAAUUUAGAGCCAUUUUUUUAACAAAAAAAAGAAGAAGAACACAAUAACAAUGUUUCCUUUUGAACACAAGGAAUUAUAUGAAUAACAGAUUUUUUUGUUAGAGAGAAAAAAAAAACAAAUUCAUUAACUCAUGAACCGAUUUGUCAGAUGACAUACGUAACAAAA